UCAAACCAUUACUCCUACAAUUAUUGGGUUUUCCCAAGCCAAACAACACAUGCUUUUGAGGAUUUUAGAUCAGAGUCUCACUAUUCCAUCGCGAUGGACAGGGAUUCCUGCCAAAAUUUCUCAUUAGACUCCACGAGCAGUUCCCAUUUUGCUCCUCCGCCAGUUUGCGCGCCCAGAAGGAAGAAGCCGGAGAAGCCCGCAGCUGAGGAGGCAUCUCCCGAAUGCUCCAACGUCACAUCGUCAUCCUCGUCCUCGACAACCACCAUAUCCAUAGGCGCCUUCGAUUCGCAAUGCAACCUCCACAACGCCCGGAAUCCCGAGGCCCCGAACAUUGGCUAUGAGUUGAACGUGGCCAAGUCCAUAUUGCAGAAGUAUAGCACCCUCAGUGGGGACAACUUGUUCGAUCAUCUUAGUGACAUCAUAAAGAGGGUGAUUGACGAACGUCCUCCGAAUGUGAUAGACUUCUUCGAGGAAUUUAGCCGAAAUGUUCGCGAACAGAAGUUCCACUUGCCAGAACGCUUUCCGCCCAGUGGCGUGUUCGAUGAGGUGCGAUCUUUCCGGGUGGCCAAGAAAAUUCUCCAAUCCAUGAAGCUGCCCUAUGUCGUUGAGGGUGAGGAUCUGAUGGGCGAAGACCUGUCCGUCGAGGAUUUGAGAACGAACGAGGAUAUGCGCAUUGUCAUCGACGAUUCCAUGCGAUACUUCGUCACAUUCAACGAGCGAGUCCAGCAGCUGCAGUUCUAUUGGACACAGUGCGGAUUUAGCAUCAGCAACGACGACAUCUUCCAGCUGGCCAGCGCCAUGAACCGGCUGCAGACGCAUCCCUCGAUCAUGCAAUGCAGAUUCUGGGGCUGCAUCAACGGACUGAAGGCCUCUUACUACAUAGUGGAAGCUUCGCUCACCCGCGAGGAAAUCGCCUCGCGCUUGGUCAUGAUGGAGGAAGAGAUGCGGCAGAAGCAGAUUCCGUUCCCGAUGCGCAAGGACAGGGAGGACAAGCCACCGCCGGCGCACAUUGGGCCGGAGCUCACACCGGGCAUCUAUGGCUGGGAGGAAUUUCCGCCUGAGGAGCUCGAGAAGAUGAAGCCCAAGGCUGCGCCCGUUCCCCUGGUGGAGGAGAUGGAGCUCUACGACAUUCCACCGGAGUUCAUUGGCAAGGGCUGCAAUAGGUACUCCUAUUUCGUUGUGAACUCGCUAUUUGACGACUGGAUCGAACUACCUAUAGUGACCCCUCGACAGAUUGUCGUUUCGCGGCAGAUCAAGAAGUUCCUAACAGGCGAUCUGGAGGCGGAUGUCAUAUCCUACCCCUGCUUCCCUGGAAAGGAGAAACAUUACCUACGGACUCUGAUAGGUCGCAUCACAGCGGGUACCUACAUCGCUCCUGUGGGCUACUACAGGCGCAUGACCAAGAAGGAGCAGCGGAUGUUCGAUGGCGAGGAAGAAGAAGAGGGCGAGGAGGAGGAGGAGGAAGAAGAGGAGGAGGAGUUCAACGAAGGCGAGGAGGAGCAAAUAGAAGAUAACGACGUAAUGCUUUUGAAAAACGAGAAGUACGAGGCGGAACCACUGGGUUCUCUGGCCACCCCGGUUGCUUGGGUUCAUGUCAGGUCCAAUAUUCUGAACCAACAAGGCCGCGUUGUCUGGUACGACGAGGAGAAGGCCCGCAAGGAGCGCGAAAAGGCACUGGCCCUGUACCUGAAGAUGCAGAUGCUGGGCGAGAUGGAAGAGGAGGUGGAGGAGGAGGAGGAUGAGGAAGAAGGCGAGGAGGAGGGCGAAGAAGAGGGCAUGAUCGAGGGCUUCAAUCAGCCCGAACUGGGUCCCAGUAUCCUCUCCUCCUGUGCCAAUGACAUGAACCCCGAGGUGCCAGUUUCCUGGCUCGCCCGCAUGACCAGCAAGUACACGAAUCAGAAGGAGCGAAUGCUCGUGAUGCAGUCGAACGUCUGGCCAGGCGCCUACACGUUCAUCUUUGAGAAGACCUGCGAGUCGAUAUACUUGGGCUGGGGCCACAAGUACUACGCCCGCAAUAUUCCCUUCAAGCACUUGCCGAUGGUGCAGGAGGAGUUCCCCCACAACCCAGAGGACUUCGUCGAGGCCAACGAUCCGACUGUCGAGGAGGAGGAAGCUUACAAGGCUUGGCUCCUCCGGAAGCAGCAGAAGGCCGAGUAUGUGGCCGAAGACAUCGAAGACUACGAUGAUGACGAGUUCGCCGAUCAGUAUGACGACGACUGAGUUAAAUGAAAUUGCUUGUUUUUAUGUUCUCAUUCAAGUUCUGCAAUAAAAUGUAUUGGCUUUG